ACGUAGCCCUUCCCUUUUGAAAAAUAAUCACUAAGGUGCUUGGUUCUUCUAUGUGAAGCUAAGGCCGAGUUUUACUAAUCCGGCGACUAGCACCCUUUUGUGUAAGCAUCUGUUAAGGCAAAGUGCAUUUAAUUGUUUAAGAAUGGCAUCUACAUCUGAACUUGCCUGCAUUUAUUCCGCUCUUAUCCUCCAUGAUGAUGAGGUAUCCGUAACGGAGGACAAAAUCAAUGCCCUCAUCAAAGCAGCUAAUGUUUCUAUCGAGCCUUUCUGGCCUAGCUUGUUUGCUAAGGCCCUUGCUAAUAUUAGCAUUGGUUCGUUGAUAUCCAGUGUUGGUGCUGGAGGCGGUGGUCCUGUGGCUGGAGGUGGUGCUCCUGCUGCUGGUGGUGGUACUGCUGCCCCUGCUGCUCCAGCCGAGGAGAAGAAGAAAGAGGAGGAGAAAAAAGAAGAAUCGGAAGAAUCUGAUGAAGAUAUGGGCUUUGGUCUCUUUGACUAAAAUGCUAAUAAACUGUAACCAAUAAAGUAUGAAAACCAAA